GUUGUGCAAGGCUCUCGACUUGAGACGCGCUCUUGGACACCAUGCUGCGCAUCCUCACGCUCUCGCUGCUGCUGGCUCUCGGCCUCGCCGAGGAGGGCGAGCAGAAGGUCGACACGGUCAUCGGCAUCGACCUUGGGACCACCUACUCGUGCGUCGGCGUCUACAAGAAUGGCAAGGUUGAGAUCAUCGCCAACGACCAGGGUAACCGCGUGACGCCGUCGUACGUCGCGUUCGCGGACGCCGAGCGGCUGAUUGGUGACGCGGCCAAGAACCAGGCCUCGCUCAACCCCUCCAACACCGUCUACGACGCCAAGCGGUUGAUUGGCCGCCGUUUUACGGACGCGGCGGUGCAGCACGACAUGAAGCUGUGGCCCUUCGGCGUGGUCGCCAAGGAGGGGAAGCCGAUGAUCGAGGUCGAGGUCUCGGGCGCCAAGAAGGUCUUCUCCCCCGAGGAGAUCUCGGCCAUGGUCCUCAUCAAGAUGAAGGAGACGGCCGAGGCCUUCCUCGGCAAGGACGUCAAGAACGCCGUCGUCACCGUGCCCGCCUACUUCAACGACGCGCAGCGGCAGGCGACCAAGGAUGCGGGCACCAUCGCGGGCCUCAACGUCAUGCGCAUCAUCAACGAGCCGACCGCCGCCGCCAUCGCCUACGGCCUCGACAAGAAGUCUGGCGAGAAGAACAUCCUCGUCUUCGACCUCGGCGGCGGCACGUUUGACGUCUCCCUCCUCACCAUCGACAACGGCGUGUUCGAGGUCAUCGCCACGUCCGGCGACACGCACCUCGGCGGAGAGGACUUCGACAACCGCAUCAUCCAGCACAUGCUCAAGGUCUUCAAGCGCAAGCACGGCUCCGACCCCUCCAAGGACAAGCGCGCCAUCCAGAAGCUGCGCCGCGAGGUCGAGCGCGCAAAGCGCUCGCUCUCGUCGCAGCACCAGGUUCGCGUGGAGAUUGAGGGCCUCUUCGACGGGCAGGACUUUUCCGAGACGCUGACGCGCGCGCGCUUCGAGGAGCUCUGCAUCGACCUCUUCAAGAAGACGCUCACCCCCGUCUCCAAGGUGAUGGAGGACUCCGAGCUGAAGAAGAGCGAGAUCGACGAGGUCGUGCUCGUCGGCGGCUCCACCCGCAUCCCCAAGGUGCAGCAGCUGCUCAAGGACUUCUUCAACGGCAAGGAGCCCAACAAGGGCAUCAACCCCGACGAGGCUGUCGCUUUCGGCGCCGCUGUCCAGGGCGGCAUCCUCUCCGGCGAGGGCGGAGAGGAGACGAAGGACCUGCUGCUGCUCGACGUGACGCCGCUCACGCUCGGCAUUGAGACCGUGGGCGGCGUGAUGACCAAGCUCAUCCCGCGCAACACCGUCAUCCCGACGAAGAAGUCGCAGGUCUUCUCUACCUACCAGGACAACCAGCCCGCGGUGAUGAUCCAGGUCUUCGAGGGGGAGCGGACCAUGACCAAGGACUGCCACCUGCUCGGCAAGUUCGAGCUCGGCUCCAUCCCGCCGGCGCCGCGCGGCGUGCCGCAGAUCGAGGUGUCCUUCGAGAUUGACGCCAACGGCAUCCUGAACGUCGGCGCAGAGGACAAGGGGACGGGGCAGUCGGAGAAGAUCACAAUCACAAACGACAAGGGGCGGCUGUCGCAGGAGGAGAUCGAGCGCAUGGUGAGCGAGGCGGAGGAGUUUGCGGAGGAGGACAAGAAGGUGCGCGAGAAGAUCGAGGCGCGCAAUGCGCUCGAGAACUACGUCUACUCGAUGAAGAACACCCUCUCGGACGGCGAGAAGGGCGUCGCCGACAAGAUUGGCGACGAGGACAAGGAGGCGGUCGAGAAGGCCAUCGAGGAGGCAAACGAGUGGCUCGACGACAACCAGGACGCCGAGAAGGAGGACUUCGAGGAGAAGCUCAAGGAGGUGCAGGACGUGUGCUCACCCAUCAUCUCCAAGGUGUACCGCGAGUCGGGUGGCGCGCCGGGCGGCGGCGGCGAUUUCGGUGCCGACGACGACCUCGACGGCCACGACGAGCUCUAGUUCGGCUCAGAGUGCAUUCAGAGGAGAAGCUCCCACCCUAGGGAUAUGCACCGAGCGGAGAUGACCGCGUGCGAGGGGUGUCGCGGUGUGGGCGGGUGUAUAGGACCACACCGUUUUCCGAAAUGUUUCAUUUCUCCGCCCAGUCCGGGGGUGCGUCGAA